AACCUCUGAUUUUUUUACACAGUCGGUAAUUCGCAACAUGUGAUACGAAGUUCCAUAAGCUUGCAUUGUCUAUCUUUAUACCUCGUCUGUGGUAGAAGUUAUUUACAAAGAGUACAUUGUAUUUUAUACUUUUCCCGGUUUUUCACGCGGAAGAAUGCGUGCAACGCUGGAGAAUCUAUAAGUUGAAACAUGGUUCGUGGUGUAUUUGGCUUCAUCCGUGUUUCCAUCGCUGUGAUAAUAUUGAGACAGUAGCAUCGUGUUUCGCUGCGUAUAGUUGUGUUAGAUGUCAAGAUAAAAAGUAUCGUAUUUUGCUCGCACGACAAACGUGCGGAUCGAAAUGUAAUUAGUGUACAUAUAUUAUUAUAGUUAAUUCUCAAUGAGAAUGACAAUGGCAUGGUCGCAAGUUAAGGAACAUCUUGGAGUGGCCAUUCAUAACUUUGUACAUGGGACCCCCCAUGCACUACAAUUAUCAGUUGGGGAAGUGGUAUAUAUAUUAGCAGAGUGUGGAGAUUGGUAUUAUGGACGAAACAAAUGUAAAGGGACAUGUGGGAUUUUUCCAAAAUCCUAUAUACACAUUUUAGAAAAAUCAAUGAGUAUGGAUUGUUUGAUACAUGAAAUUACUAAUGUUUUAAGAGAAUGGGGACAUCAUUGGAAGCAUUUAUAUGUGACUCAUUCAGAGCAUUUUAAAAACAUGCAACAACAAAUUCUAGAAUUAAUAGGAUAUAGAAGCAAAAUUUUAAGUGGUACUUUAACAGUGGAUGAAUUGAAAGAUAUGAAAAGAUUAGCUACAGCUAGGAUUGAUACUGGCAAUCAAUUAUUGGGCCUAGAUAUGGUUGUCCGUGAUGAUCAGGGAAAUGUCCUUAAUCCAGAAGAAACAAGUACAAUUCAAUUGUAUUAUCAUCAUGAAACAGCUGCUGAAAGAAUAAGAAAAGCAGCAAAUGAUAUGAAAAAGAAGCCUUUGAAACCACAAGCACCUGUCUACUCACAUAUCUUCUUUGUUAGCGUAAGGAAUUUUGUAUGUAAAAUGACUGAAGAUGUAGAGUUACUAUUGACAUUAUAUGAUGGUCGUGAAAUGAAAGCAAUUACCGAAAACUAUGUAGUUUCAUGGAGUAAGGAAGGACUAGCCAGAGAUAUAGAUCAACUUCACAAUCUUCGAGUUUUAUUCACUGAUCUUGGUUCUCGUGAUUUAGCUAGAGAUAAAGUUUAUUUAGCUUGUUAUGUAAUUAGAGUAGGUGGUAUGGAAGCUAAAGAUAUGGAUCACCGACGUUCAAGUGUUGCACAAAUUAACCAGAAAACAAGAAAUACUGAAACUAUGAGAAGACCUUUUGGUGUAGCAGCCAUGGAUAUUACAUUAUAUAUUACUGGUAAACUUGAAGGUGAUUCAGAUCAUCAUCAUUUCAUACCAUUUGUACAAUGUUGUGAGAAAGAAAGUUUAGAUGGCACAUUACGAAGAAUUCUGUCUCAAAAAGAAGCAAGUAUUCAGAAAAGUGGCAAUGGCAGUAAUGGUAAUUUUACUGGUGGUCAGGGUUUGUGGGCUAGUUUAAAAUUGCUUAGAGGGGAUCCGAAACAAGUGAGAGAGGAGAAUCCUCAUUUAGUACUUGGUAAUGUUGCUACUGCAAGAAAAAUGGGUUUUCCAGAAGUUAUUUUACCAGGUGAUGUGAGAAAUGACUUAUAUCUCACAUUGAUUAGUGGUGAAUUUAAUAAAGGUUCAAAAUCUACUGACAAGAAUGUUGAAGUAACGGUUAAAGUGUGCAAUGAGUUUGGCACUCCUAUACCAGGUGUUAUGACACUGGGCGGUGGAGCUUUGCCGAUUGACGAAUAUCAUAGCGUUAUUUACUACCAUGAGGAUAAACCAAGAUGGUGUGAAACAUUCAAGAUUGCUAUACCUAUUGAAGAAUUCAAACAGGCACAUUUAAAAUUCACGUUUAAGCAUCGAAGUUCGAAUGAAGCGAAAGAUAAAAGCGAGAAACCUUUUGCCUUAAGUUAUGUGAAGUUAAUGCAACGUAAUGGGACCACAUUGCAAGAUAUACAGCAUGAAUUGCUAGUCUAUAAAUUAGAUCAAAAGAAAUAUGAAGAAGCUGAUAUCUCGUAUUUGAAACUUCCAUCUACAAGAAGUGAAUUGGUUGAACUAAAUGUUGAGAAAAAGCCAACAUUAGGAGUGCUUACUUUAAGUACUAAGGACAGUUUUCUCAUAGCCACUAAUAUUUGUUCAACAAAACUAACACAGAAUGUAGAUUUAUUAGGAUUAUUAAACUGGGCAUCGCAUAAUACAGACUUAAAAGAAUCUUUGGCUGCUUUAAUGAAAGUUGAUGGAGAAGAAAUUGUUAAGUUUCUGCAGGAUGUUCUGGAUGCAUUAUUUAAUAUACUAAUGAGUAAUUCGGACAGUGAUGUUUAUGAUGAUAUGGUAUUUGAGUGUUUGUUGUACAUUAUCGGUCUAGUGUCUGAUAGAAAGUAUCAACACUUUCAACCAGUAUUAGAUUUAUAUAUUUCUGAGAGUUUUUCUGCGACACUCGCAUACAAAAAGUUAAUUGCAGUAUUACGUAAACGUAUAGAUAAUGCUACUAAUAAUGACGGGCAAGAACGUGAUAUACUUCUAAAAACAAUGAAAAGUCUUCAAUAUUGUAUGAGAUUCGUUGUUGAAUCUCGUUUUCUAUUUACCGAGUUAAAUCAAGAUGAAGAAGAAUUUUCUCAGACGUUAACAGAAUUAUUGAAAUCAAUAGUUGAACUCAUGAGACAUGAAACAGAUGGUACUUUAUUAGUGCAAGGAGCAUGUCUUAAAUAUUUACCAACCACUAUACCUCAUUUAUUGCGAGUAUACAGUGGUAAACAAUUGAGCAUAAUCUUGACCGAUUUGUUAGUUACUUUACCGACAGGAAGAUUGACGAAACAAAAAAUGAUGACAGUAAAUGAUAUCGUUCAUAGUCAGCUUUUCCUGAAUGCGGAAUGUAGAGCAAUUUUAUUACCUAGGAUUACUAUUUUAGUUCGAGACUUACUGGAGGCCAAAGAAGAGGGGCUGUCAAGUACGCCUGGAAAAAGCGUGGCGAAGGUAGCCAGGCUGCUCGGCGAGAAUCGACAUCGACUCAACCAGCAUCGCGGCUAUUCUGAGGAGGUUGAAUUAUGUGUCAAGAUUUUAUCUGACAUAUUGGAAUUAACAUUUAGGAAAGAUAUAGGAAGUACAGUGCAGGAUGUGAAGGAGAUUAUGCUCACAGCUCUACGGACUAUCAUUCAAACAGUUAUAUCCAUGGACAGAGAAAAUCCAUUAGUUGGAAAUCUAGUUUCAGUUAUGUUAGCAAUAUUCAGACAAAUGACUCGACAACAUUAUGAGAUUUAUAUAACACAUUUUGGAACUAACUUUGAUUUGCUGGAUUUCCUUAUGGAAAUAUUAUUGGUAUUCAAAGAUUUAGUUUCAAGGAGUGUGUUCCCAAGUGAUUGGUGUGAAAUGAUUAUGCUUCAAAACAGUAUCAUUUUGAAAUCACUGCGUUACUUCUCUGGUACCAUCAGAGAUUACUUCUUCAAGAAUUUCGAGCAACAGGCUUGGUCGAAUUUUUUCCAUUGUGCUAUUGCAUUUUUGACCCAGCCUACCUUGCAGUUGGAGAUGUUUACACCAUCGAAACGCAAUCGCAUUGUCUCGCGUUACAAUGAUAUGCGCAGAGAGACAGCUUUUGAAAUACGUUCGAUGUGGUUCAAUUUGGGCCUACAUAAAAUAUUGUUUGUUCCUGCUUUGGUCGGAGCAAUAUUAGAAAUGGCGUUAAUUCCCGAAAGCGAAUUAAGAAAGGCAACUAUACCGAUAUUCUUUGAUAUGAUGCAAUGUGAAUUUUAUAGUUCGCGCAUCGUUGAAGGAUACGGCGAUACGAAAAGGGAUCCUGCUCAUAUAAAAGCUAAUUUCACAGAAUAUGAAAAUGAAAUGAUCGCAAAGUUGGAUAUAUUGGUCGAAGGAGGGAGAGGGGAUGAACAAUUUCGUUCUCUUUGGACUCAGGUAAUGGGUAAUCUUUGCGAGAAACAUUCAACUAUGCGGGAACAGGGUUUACGUUUCGUGGAUACGGUAGCUAAGCUCAUGGAACGGUUAUUACAAUACCGCGAUAUUAUUCACGCGGAGUCCCAAGAACAUAGAAUGUUAUGUAUCGUAAAUUUGUUAGAAUUUUACUCCGACAUAAAUAGAAAGGAAAUGUAUAUCAGAUAUGUGAACAAGCUUUGCGAAUUGCAUCUGGAGUGUGAUAAUUACACUGAAGCGGCGUACUCGCUGAAAUUACAUAGUCAAUUAUUAGCAUGGAGCGAUCAACCAUUGCCACCUUUACUAAGAUCACACAGUAGAUACUUAUCGUGUCAAACGCAUCGUGAAUUAAAAGAAGCACUGUACAACGACAUGAUCGAUUACUUCGAUAAAGGUAAAAUGUGGGAAUGUGCGUUAGCCGUAUGUAAAGAGUUAGUCGCGCAGUACGAAGAAGAGACGUUUGACUACCUACAACUUUCUGUAUUGUUACAACGCAUGGCCAAGUUUUAUGAUGCUAUAGUGAAACAAUUACGGCCGGAACCAGAAUAUUUUAGGGUUGCAUAUUACGGUCGAGGUCAUCCUGCGUUUUUGCAAAAUAAGGUGUUCAUUUACCGUGGAAAGGAAUAUGAAAGACUCAGUGAUUUUUGCUCUCGAACGUUAAAUCAGCUACCAAACGCAGAACAGAUGAAUAAAUUGUCUCCCCCCACUUCAGAGAUAUUAGAGUCGAAUCAUCAGUAUGUGCAAAUCAAUAAAGUAGAUCCUCUGAUGGAUGAGAAGAGAAACCGACUCAGUGGGAAGCCGAUAACAGCGGAUGCAGUUCUCAGGUACCAUAGAGUAAACGACGUACAACGUUUCCGGUUUUCGAGGCCAGCGCCCAAAAAGGAUGUAAUCUCAUUCGUGAAUUCUGAUAAAGAAAAGGAGACUAACAUUAAUACUAAUAACGAAUUUGCAUCGUUAUGGUUAGAAAGGACAGUAUUGGUGACAAGUCAUCCCUUACCAGGAAUUCUUAGGUGUUUCCCUGUUACAUCCAGUCAAACAUACUUAGUCAGUCCACUUCGCAAUGCGAUAGAAACGAUGGAAGCUACCAACACCAUGCUGAGAGAUUUAAUUAUAGCUCAUAAAGCGGAUCACAGUCUUCCAUUAAAUCCUCUGAGUAUGAAACUUAAUGGCAUAUUAGAUCCAGCGGUAAUGGGUGGCAUUGAUAACUACGAGAAAGGUUUCCUUAACGCUGAAUAUCGUGCUUCGCAUCCAGAAGAAAGUUCAGAUCUUCUCAAGUUAGAAGGAUUAAUUGCUGAACAGAUACCGUUAUUAGGCGUUGGCUUGCAGUUGCAUAAAGCACGUGCCCCCCCUGAAUUAUCACCGUUUCAUCAGCGCUUGGAACAGUGUUUUGCAUCCAUGCGAAGUCAAGUUGAAGCGAAAUAUGGAAAGAGGACGUGUGAUUUGCAAAUCGAGACUUUAACUCAAACCGUUACCAUGCGAAGACCACAAACGGUGAGAGGAGAGAAUCAUCGUUUGUCUGAAUCAAAUAUAGUGAACUCGGACUGUGGAACUCACUCCAGGGUAUCCUCUCUCACAAGAUCCCAAGUUACAACGUUCAAGUCGUUCACAUCAUUCAAUUUUAACAACAGUACACCCUCAUCCAGCGCUCAGAACGUCAGUUUAUCAAGGUAA